ACAAAGAUUACGCAGUGGUGGUUUUGGAAUCCAGUUUUAUUAAAAGUGAAGAAAUAGAGGAGAGUAUAGAGAGGAAGAAUGGAUAUGGGAUGAGCAGGGAGGAAAAACUUGUUUUCUCCAACAUAAAGGAAGAGGAGGAGGAAGGUGGGGAGAGGCAAAGUGCGGUGGUGAAGAGGGAGGAUGCAGAGGUGAAGAGGGAGGAUGGUGUAAAAGUUGAAGAUGUUGAAGGCCAUGAGUGGAAAGUAGAAAAAGAGUGGGAUGGAGAUGAAAUGAAACAAACUGACAGAGCACUGAAAGAAGAUAGCCUAUCAGACUGCAGGAAACAGGAACAGGAGGGCUCGUCACCUCCAGUUACUUCCUGUCUGCUCAAACAGCCUAGAGUACCCUCCCCUGGAUCUUCUGUCACUUCCUCCAGUUGACGUAACUCAGGUGAAGAUUCAUUUCCUGAUUGGUGUUCCAUUAGAGCAUUGUUAAUCUGAAGCAGGUGUCCAGUCUCAUAACUAGUGUCAAACAUGCCAAUACUAAUGUUAUGGAUUGGGUUGACACGGGGCUCUACGCUAGUGCUCCUAAGUUGAAAAAUUUAGGAGUACACUAAUGUAUCACAAUAAUACAUGUGUUCUUUAGCCCAUGAAAAUGCAUUACAGAACCCUGUGACUUAAUGUGGUUUUCUACAAAAUUAAUCUCCUACAGUUUUGGUGCCACUGCAGCACUAAUCUUUGUCCAGUUAUUGUGCUGUUUCCACCCUGAGUUGUUUUGUAUCUUAUCUUAACCGCGUUGUACUUCUGAUUUUUAAAAAAGGCUUAAUUAAUUGAAUGUUCCCCACUUGUUGUAAUUUUUGGAUUUCUUUGCAUUCUCUGAAUAUGGAACUGGCAUUGCUCAGGCUUGCAGUUGAAUUUUGAAAAGUGCUUUUUGAAAAGUCUUUCUUUGGCAGAUUUAGGAAAAGCUAUCUACCUUUGCAGUCGGGAAACUGUAAAAAUGCGUAGCAAAUAAUUCUGUUUGAAAAACUGGAACAGAAUGUAAAUGGUAGAUCAAAGUCUGCUUGAAACAGUUACAUAAAUUCCACAGUUGUUCCUCAAAUCAUGAUCCCCAAGGACUGAGAACUGUAAGUUUUCCACCAUCUGUUUACCUGGGAGUCAGGUGUGAAGGCAAUCUGGACAAUCAGUGGCACUAAUUGUUCAGUUAAUUACCUGAGAGGAAAGAAAAAAAGGACUUUUUAUAUUCAAACCUUGGACUCAAGGGCCAGGUUUGAAUAUCCCUGGUGUACAGCUACUACAUUUGCUGUUAACUUAGCUUGCAACAAUAAUUUGGUUGCAAAAAUUAUAAUUAUGGUAUGACAUGUAAAUGGAAUGUUUUGGAUGUUAAAAUAAUCAGUCUGCUAAAGCUAACUGUAGCCAGUAGCUCCAUGGGUAGGCAUGCAGUAAGUGAUUUUGGGUUAUGCCAGGAAAAUGCAUUUCGUUGCUCUCAAGCGACCCCUGCUGGUUAACCGGGUAGCUGCGGACUGCAUGGCAAAAGCCACACAUGAAAGGUCUUCCUCCGACUCAUGCUUGGCUUGUGGGCUGUGGUGUGAAAAUAACACUGCCUGUUUUGGAGGAGAACCACGGAUGUCUGUUCUCUCCUGACUAGGUAGUGGGGUUUGACAUGUUAAGCCCCACGUUGAGCACCAAUAUUUCUUAUCAAAGAUAUAAUAAAAUGAAAAUGUUUGUAUACCUCUUGGCCUUCUUUUCCUAUGGGAGAGUGCGAGGUGUUUCCCCUGCUCCCAGUGCCCAUUCAUUCAUAUGGAAGAAGCGAAGCUUCACCAGCACAUUGAGAAGGUUCACCCAGAGGAGCACAGCAGGAUUCUGAGGUCUGGAGGAAACGGAGCAGAGGACCCACUUCCUCCCAGAAGCACACAUCACAACAAAUAAAAUAGGCCUACGCUGCGGCCUGCACUGAAAGUUCCGCUUUUGGCAUUUUGACCGAGUUUAACGUUAGCGAACCUGGUAACGAGACGACAUACAUACAUAACGUUAGUACAGAUACAGACGCCUCCAACAUCUGCGUUGCUUUUUGGUCCGAUGUUGGUACCUCUGGUUGGUACACUGUGACGCCUCACACGCCCACACAGUAGGUGGCGGUGUACGCACAUUGAAGUUGUAUAAGACUGCCAACAAAUCCAAAGAAGAAGAUGAAGACGACGACUCCGCUGAGAACGGUUUAUGAGAGCUUUGCGAAACAGCGGGCUGCUCUAGGUGAAAUGGAUAGCAGUCUAAACUAGCCAGCAAACCUCUUUUUUUCGCUCUCACCGCUUCGUGAAGCUGGCCCACAGAUGUGGCAACAAUAAGACGUCCGGUUUUGGGCUGUCCGUUCGUAUUUAGCUAACUUUGUAACCAUAAUAACGCGAAGUCAUUUGACUUAUCGCGUUCACCUAAUCUAUUAACUGUUCGGGUUAUGAUAUCUCAUUCUAGCGAGCUGUAUAUUGAGUUGGCGGUGGUACAUUGAAUAUAAAUAGUGGAGACGGCACCUUGCACGGCACCUGAAGCUCCAUGACCAAACUCCUCUCCAUCCUUCCCUUUUGGAGAUUGGUGGAUUCCACAGAGCUCAGCAAAUAUCCAUUCAGAAUCUGUGCUUCAAUCUUAGAGCUCUAAGCCCCGCCUCUUCAGGUGAAGACAUGAAGACAGAGCCUGUGACGGACAGCACAGAUUACACAGGGGUGGAGUGGAGAUCCAGUUUGAUUAAAAAUGAAGACGUAGAGGAGAGUAUAGAAGAGAAGAAUGGACAUGGGAUGAGCAGGGAGGAAGAACUCAUUCUCUCCAACAUAAAGGAAGAGGAGGAAGAGGAAGGUGGGGAGAGGCAGAGUGGGGAGGUGAAGAGGGAGGAUGAUGUGAAAGGUGAAGAGGGGGAUGAAAUUAUUUCAAAAUUCAAGCAAACUGACAGAUGGCUGAAGAAAGAAGGAAUACUAGACUGCAGAAAACAGGAAGAGGAUGGCUCAAAAUCUCUAGUUACUUCCUCUCUGCUCAGUCAGUGCAGAGUACCCUCCCCUGGAUCUUCUCUCAUCUCAUCUGGUAAAAGAGAGUCUGAGGUGUUUGCCUGCUCCCAGUGCCCAUUCAUUCACAUGGAAGAAGCGAAGCUUCACCAGCACAUUGAGAAGGUUCACCCAGAGGAGCACAGCAAGAUUCUGAGGUCUGGAGGAAACAGAGCAGAGGACCCACUGCCUCCCAGCAGCACACAUCCGCACCCCACACCCCCUAAAACACUCCCCACCCCGACACAGUCCCACACAGGCACUCCAGGGGCCCACACCUGCUCCCAGUGUGGGAAGAGCUUCAGAUCUAAAUCACUCCUGACAGUACAUGAGCGAACCCAUACAGGAGAGCGCCCGUACCACUGCUCCCAGUGUGGGAAGAGCUUUGCAAGCAAAUCCUAUCUGACAGUACAUCAGCGAAUCCAUACAGGGGAGUGCCCGUAUCAGUGCUCCCAGUGUGGGAAGAGCUUCAUAACUAAAUCACUCCUGACAAUACAUCAGCGAAUCCAUACAGGAGAGCGCCCAUACCACUGCUCCCAGUGUGGGAAGAGCUUCCGUGAGGUAAAAUGUCUGAAGUCACACCAGCAGAUUCACACAGGAGAGCACCCAUACCACUGUGCCCAGUGUGGGAAGGGUUUUAGUUACUUGAAUAAUCUGACAGUACACCAGCGGGUUCACACAGGAGAGUACCCAUACCAGUGCUCGCAGUGUGGGAAGAGCUUCAGUCAACCAAGCAGUCUGACGACACAUGAGCGCAUUCAUACAGGGGAGCGCCCGUACCACUGCUCCCAGUGCGAUAGGACAUUCACUCAGUUGUGCAGUCUGACAGUUCAUCAAAAAACACACACAGGGGAGCGCCCGUACCACUGCUCCCACUGUGGGAAGGCAUUCCGAACUUCCGGAAACCUAAGAUCACACGAACGAGUUCACGCGCGGGACUGCCUGUUCCACUGCUUCCAGUGCGGGAGGGGUUUCAAAGAGUCAAGUGCAUUGAUUGUGCACCAGCAGAACUGUGCUGGAGACUACUCUGCCCUCAGCUCUGAGAGGAGAAGGAGCUUUGCUCACUCCAGGCAUAUGGCUGAUGACCAAGGCUCCUAGAAAAUGUUUUGUUGUGCUGGAGGACUGUUGGUACAAGGGGUUGAUAGAGCCGUGAUUUCAAGCCAUGUGUAAAAAAAAAAAAAAAAAAAAAUUUACUGAUUAUUUGCAGUAGUCAUCUCAAUUAUAUAUUCAGUCACCUCAUAAUCAGGUGCAUUAAAACAAUGUUUAUAAACACUGUUUAUGUUGGUUGGCAUAAUUGAAAUGCACAGAGGGCACACAAAGCAGUGUUGGUAGCUGUGAAUGUCGCACAUUAAAGGAAAAAAAAGGUUCAACAUGUUGCCAUUAAAUUUUAUCAACAUU